UGAUCUGAGGUCGCCUGGUCGUAUUUCUUCUAUUUUGUUCAAAUUUGUGGUGGAGGGAUUGUGCCAGAUUAGGGCCUUUUCCUCUAAUUGACCUCUGUUGUGUUACCAGAUGUUAAUCACACACCGCCGGGUUCCCCAAAGAAUCGUUGUUCCCAGACGCCGCUCUCGCACAGAAUCCCAUCCCGUUGAGUUUCCUUUUCGUUCAGCUAAAUACUCGGGCUGCUCUGUUGCGUGAGGGCGGUUUUAUUUUGGCGGGACCACGUGUGGGACGGCCACAUGAGGGGACAAAAUUGGCGCCGCUGCCGAAACGUGGAAAGCCACGCGCUGCUGCCACGUGGAGCAGAAGCACAUCGGGUUCCAUCCGAGCUCAAUAUGUUUGCUCCGUCACGGGAAAAUAAGCUGAGGAGGAGGGAAACUAAACAGCGAAAAAGUUGCCAAACGCUUUUGGCCACUGCUGUUGAUCCUGUUUUUUUUGCAAAAUCUGCUUUACAACAAACUUCCAGGGUUGCAGACGCACGCGGCAGAGGAAUGAGCGCCGAAGAGCCCCACAGGCCGCGUGCGUCAGCAAGUUACACAACUCGGACGGUGAGUCACCGGCGGCGACUCGGUAUCGGGUCAGGAGCCCCGCUGAUUGCACUUAUGUGGGCGGGAAAAAAGGGUCAGAAGCACUUUCGUCGUUCGUGUUUCAUGCACCUAAUGAAUUACCUGCGCAGGAGGACUUUGGCUGGGAUUUUUGUGGAAAGGAACUAUUUUGUUUCAGGAGGAGAUAUCAACGUUUUCCAUGAGAGUUCAUUAACACGUUCGUGGUUCCCUGACACCACAUUGAGGUUGACAUUUGAAUUUUUCAGUCAAAAUGUCUCAACAUUCAUCGCCUAAAAUGUUCCACACAUAUUAAUAACAGCAGGCGUAUUGACUCUUCACAGGAGGAAAAUGACACACCUGUAAAUGAUAAAAUGAUAGACGGUUGCAUGUUGCAUUUAACAGUGCAGCCGAUGCAUGUGCAGCAUGUUAGCAUGUAGCUCAAAACACAAGGCUGUAGUCUCUUAUUCAUGGUAAUAUUUAGUAGAAAUUAUUAAAAAAACAAAUGUGACAUUCCUUCAAUUUAAACACAAUUACUAAUGUGUGAUCUCAUAGACAGAAUGACACAAAUCACAGACUGAAUGUCACUGGACAAGUGACAUUAACAGCUGCAGAGUGUUAAGAUUAAAGCCCUGCGUUAAGAUCACUGAAUUAAAAUGUUGUAUAUCAAAGGCUGCUCCAAAUACAUCACUGCGCACAUCAAAUACAUCACCAGUGAGGCGACUAGCGUCGCACAACCUGCCAAAGAUGCAUUACACGCUACUGCUCCCCCCGCUGGAUUAGCUGCGUCAAGCUUGUCUUCCUCUCCGUUGCAUCAAAAUGAAUGGAUCUCUGCCAACAUUCAUCUUUUUCUCCCCCGAUUUCACUUUUUCGAACGCCUUCUCCGCCUCCACGUGGCUCAAAAACAAAAAUAAGCAGACGAGGUGUUUUCAUGUAAACGUUGCAAAGCUCGAGCUUGUCCCGUCAGAAAACGGUUCUAAAUGGAGCGUCAUGCGUUGGCCUAAGACUCGCGGCAGUGAAAUCCCAAUGACCCUUCCGUCGACGGCGCAUUCCCGUUUAAGUGGCUCGUGAUGCGCUCUUCGCCACAGCUGGGAACGUCGCGGCCCAGUGGGUCGGCACAAUGGCUGCCGGCGGCCGCGUGUCCGUCAGGCAUUCACACCACGUACCCGCGGGGCCACAAAAGCCUCAUCAGGAGCCUCGUUCACUCCACCCGCCGUCCGCUGAUCUGCAUCACAGAGGCAUCAACAAUCGCAGAGUCCCUCCUUGAAUCUCCUUCAAGUGAUCUCUGAUUUCGCCUGAUUGCAUGCGACGCUGUGCCAUUAUGACCGUUUGAUUAGUGGUGGGGGGGGGGCUGCGGUGUUUGUGUGAUCCGUUUAAGCAGCAUUGUGCGAACGAGAGCGGACGGGGGAAAGGCGUUUUCGGUCGACGGUUGUGAGUGGCAACAUUCAAGGGAGAUGCAUGAAAUGUACAGUAUGUGUUUCUCUUUUUGUGUCCGUGGCCAAAGGAAACCUCAUAGAUGUCAUGCGGGCUGGACUUGACCUUGUGAGGGCGGGGCAGUACAGAGCGGGGUCCAUUCAAGGCUGAUAGCGAUUCCCACACGUGCACACACACACACACACACUAAGGGGGGGACUGUGUUAAUCAAUCAAUCAAUCAACCUUCACGUCCUGCUGCUUGUCCUUCACCGCUGCAGCAAAACCACGGUCAGCUGAGCGGGUCAUGAAAGGGUUCUUCAUCGCAGGGCCAUGAACGCCGCUCAUCUUUCUUCAUUUGCGAAUGCACGGCCGGUUUCACCAGGAACAAUGGAUUCUUGCAUUGGUUUUUGUGGCGUUUUGCACAGGCAUUGAUCACCAUGUAAAUGGCUGCGCUUUCAUAUAAAUGUCGAUUUCUUCCCUCCUGCCCGGAGCCAAGAAGACUCCCUUUCUCUGUUAAUGUCACAAUGCGGGGAUGCUCACAAUGACAAUGCCGGCAGAGUUCAGUGAGUGGGCUAGAAGACACUUGUCAUUCCAGUGCCACUUAAUUUCCAACAACAUAAUUGUCCUCGACCACUUUACACGGUUCUAAAUCCUAACUCAUUUCAUGAAAGGUUGGUCGACGGAGUGAGUCUGAAAACAUGUCUCAAAACCGCUACUUUACUUUCAGGAGAUCUCUCCUCAAGAUGUUUCCACAACCGGGGAAAUCCAUCGUCUUCGACAACUUCCCGGAUCCCACCGAGGCCUGGGACAUCAUCGAGACCAUCGGCAAGGGGACCUACGGAAAAGUCUACAAGGUGCUCAACAAGCUCGACGGCAGCAAAGCGGCCGUGAAGAUACUGGACCCCGUCCACGAUAUCGACGAGGAGAUCGAAGCGGAGUACAACAUCCUCAAAGCGCUGUCCGACCACGCCAAUGUGGUGAAGUUCUUCGGGAUGUACUACAAGAAGGAUGUGAAAUGCGGCGACCAGCUGUGGCUGGUGCUGGAGCUCUGCAAUGGCGGCUCUGUGACAGACCUGGCCAAAGGGAUGCUGAAGAGGGGGGACCGCAUGGACGAAGCCGUCGUUGCCUACAUCCUGCACGAGGCCCUCAUGGGCCUGCAGCACCUGCACGUCCACAAGACCAUCCACCGCGACGUCAAGGGCAACAACAUCCUGCUGACGACGCACGGAGGCGUCAAACUGGUGGACUUCGGUGUCUCGGCCCAGCUGACGAACACGCGUCUGAGGAGGAACACCUCGGUGGGGACUCCCUUCUGGAUGGCUCCGGAGGUGAUCGCCUGCGAGCAGCAGCUGGACUCGACCUACGACGCUCGCUGUGACGUCUGGUCCCUCGGCAUUACGGCCAUAGAGCUCGGAGACGGAGACCCCCCCCUCUCCGAACUCCACCCAAUGAGAGCGCUCUUCAAAAUCCCCAGAAAUCCCCCGCCGACCCUCCACCAGCCGGAGCUCUGGUCCGACGGCUUUAACGACUUCAUCUGCAAAUGUCUGAUCAAGGACUUUGAGCUGAGGCCCAACGUGCUGGACCUGCUGCAGCACGUCUUCAUCAAAGCCAGCAUCGGCAGAGAGAAGAUCCUGCAGAAGCAGCUGAUCGAGCUCAUCGAUCUCAACCAGCAAAUAGGAAUCAUUGAUAAAACCAGCCAUCAUGGAAAGACAGACAGAAGCACAGACAGUAAUGACAGGCAUGAACGCAUCCACACCAAGCGAGGAGGCCACAUGAAGACGCAGAGCGACCUCGACGAGGUGGACGACCUCGCCACCCUGGAGGUUCUGGACGAGAACACGGUCACGGAGCAGCUGCAGCGCCGCUACGGGCGCGAUCAAAUCUACACGUACGUGGGAGACAUCCUCAUCGCGGUCAACCCGUUCCACGGCAUGCAGAUAUACGGCCCUCAGUGCACCAAGAUGUACAUCGGAGCCAAGCGCACGGCCAACCCCCCUCACAUCUUCGCCGUGGCUGACAUCGCCUACCAGUCCAUGGUGUCGUUUAAUACAGACCAGUGCGUGGUGAUCAGCGGGGAAAGCGGAGCCGGGAAGACGGAGAGCGCUCAUCUGUUGGUGCAGCAGCUGACGGUGCUCGGAAAGGCCAACAACCAGACGCUGCAGGAGAAGAUCCUGCUGGUCAACAGCCUGGUGGAAGCGUUCGGAAACGCCUGCACCGUCAUCAACGACAACUCCAGCCGCUUCGGCAAGUACCUGGAGAUGAAGUUCACCUGCGGAGGCACGGUGGUGGGAGCGCAGAUAUCCGAGUACCUGCUGGAGAAGUCCAGGGUCAUCCACCAGGCGGCGGGGGAGAGGAACUUCCACAUCUUCUACUACCUGUACGCCGGCCUGGCAGACAGGAAGAAGCUGGCUCACUACAAGCUCUCCGACAGCAAAACACCCAAGUAUCUGCUGAACGAGCACGUUAAAUUGGGGCCCGACAUAGUGAGCAACAGCUUCUACAAGGAGCAGUUUGAUGCAGUGGAGCAGUGUUUCAAAGUCAUCGGAUUCACCCUAGAGGAGCUGGGCAGCGUCUACAGCACCCUGGCUGCCAUCCUCAACUCCGGCGACGUGGAGUUCUCUCCGGUCGCCUCGGAGCACCAGACCGACAAGAGCGACAUCUCCAACACGUCGGUCCUGGAGAACGUGGCGUCGCUGCUGUGCAUCCGCUCGGACGAGCUGCAGGAAGCCCUGACCUCCCACUGCGUGGUCGCCCGCGGGGAGACCAUCGUCAGGCCCAACACGGUGGACAAGGCGGCGGAGGUGAGGGACGCCAUGGGCAAGGCGCUCUACGGCCGCCUCUUCAGCUGGAUCGUCAACCGCAUCAACGCGCUGCUGCGGCCCGACGGAAACCUCGGGGAGGACGAGAAGGGCCUGAACAUCGGCAUCCUGGACAUCUUCGGUUUCGAGAACUUCAAGAAGAACUCCUUCGAGCAGCUCUGCAUCAACAUCGCCAACGAGCAGAUCCAGUUCUACUUCAACCAGCACAUCUUCGCCUGGGAGCAGGACGAGUACCUGAACGAGGAGGUGGACGCCCGGAUGAUCGAGUACGAGGACAACCGGCCCCUCCUGGACCUGUUCCUGCAGAAGCCCAUGGGGAUGCUGUCGCUGCUGGAUGAGGAGAGUCGCUUCCCGCAGGCCACCGACCAGACGCUCGUAGAGAAAUUCGAAGACAACCUGAAGACCAAAAGCUUCUGGCGACCGAAGCGGGUGGACCUGGGCUUCGGUAUCCACCACUACGCCGGAAAGGUGAUCUACAGCGCCGCCGGCUUCUUGGCCAAGAACCGGGACGCGCUGCCGGCCGACAUCGUGCUGCUGCUGAGGUCGUCGGAAAACGAGCUCACCCGCAAGCUGGUCACCCAUCCGCUCACCAAGACGGGUAACCUCGCCCACACUAAGGGGAAAGGCGCGAACACCAUGCGGACCCCGACGCGCAGCCUCACCUUCGCCAAGAUGGGAGUGCUUAGCUUCUACAAUUCUUUCUCUUUCAGCGAGCCUUCUCGGGACUCAAAGCCGGUCCCUCAAAAAAAAAGCUUGAUUCCUCUCGAUGACGCAGAGAAAACGCCGGGCGAACCGGGAGACGCGCCGUACCACCCGAGAGAAACCACCAACAUGAGGACACAGACGGUGGCCUCCUACUUCAGAUACUCUCUGAUGGAUCUGCUGUCCAAGAUGGUGGCGGGGCAGCCUCACUUUGUGCGCUGCAUCAAACCCAACAACGACCGCCAAGCCAACAGGUUCGACCGGGAGAAGGUCCUGGUCCAGCUGCGAUACACCGGCGUCCUGGAGACCGCCAAGAUCAGGCGGCAGGGCUACUCGCACCGAAUCGUGUUCGCCAACUUCAUAAAGAGGUACUACAUGGUGGCGUUCCCCGCUCACGAGGAGCCGCCCGUCACCCAGGAAACGUGCGCCGCCAUUCUGGAGAAUGCCAAGCUGGAGAACUGGGCCAUGGGGAAGACGAAGGUGUUCCUCAAGUACCACCACGUGGAACAUCUGAACCUGAUGGUGCAGCAGGCCACGCAGCGCAUCAUCCUGCUGCAGGCCUUCGUCCGCGGCUGGAUGGGAGCCAAACGGUACCGCCAGCUGUUAAAGGACCGAGAACGCAGCGCGCUGGUGCUGCAGUCAGCAUACAGAGGUCAUAGAGUACGGAAGAAGGCGGCCGGCGACAAAAGCAAAGCGGAGUUUGAGGCCUUCGUCGUCCAGUUUCAGGCCGUCUGCAGGGGCUACGUGGCCAAAAAGAAAUACAGGCAGUUGGUGGAGGAGAAGAACAAAGCUGCAACCAAGAUUCAGGCUCGCUACAGAGGCCACAAGGAGAGGAAAAGCUUCAAAAGGAAACGGGACGCCAAAGAGAAAGAGCAAGCGGAGAAGGCCCUCAAAGAAAAAGAGGAACCGCAGAAGCUGAGCGACCAGGAGAAUGAACCAAGGCGGGCCGUGGUUCUGCAGAGCAACUUCAGGGGCUACAAAGAGAGGAAAAAGUUUAAAGAGAGAAAGAGGACGGCGGCCGGGGCCCAAUCGGAGUCACCGCCGGAUGCAGCGGUGCAACCAGAAGCCGGGCGAGAGUCCGCCGGCAGAGAGUCGGGGAAUGACGACGAAGACGAGAGCACGUACGAAGCGGAGGAGAAUGACGAUAGCGAUCACACGCAGGUGCCAGACACCGAAGAGGAAGAGGGGGUCGAAGGAGGAGAUGCCGGCCAAGCGGAGCCGGCGGAGGACGGGAAGGAGGAGAGCGGACAAGAGGAGGCUGCAGAGGGAGACGCUGUGAAUGAAGAAGAACAGACCAGGGCCGCCACGGUCCUCCAGAGCAACUUCAGGGGUCACAAGGAGAGGAAGAGGCUGCAGGACGAAGGCAAGAUCCCCGCUCGGAAACAGGAAGCAAGGAGUCCGCCGGGCGAGGAGGACGGGCCCGGAGAUCAAACUCCAGCAGCGGAAGUUGGCGACGAGGCGACAGGAAGGGGAGGAGGAGGAAGAACAGUAGAUGUUUCCUCGAGCGACCAAGACGAGGCCAGAGCAGCCGUGGUGCUUCAGAGCAACUUCCGCGGCCACAAAGAGCGCAAGCGGCUCGAGGAGGAAGGAAAGAUCCCCAAGAAGACGCAGAAGAAGAAGAACGAGGCGGCGGACCGUUCGGCGGAGAACCCGGGGGGAGCGGACGAGGAAAAGGCCGCCACUGUCCUCCAGAGUAACUUCAGAGGCCACCGGGACCGGAAGAAGCUGAGAGCCGACCGAGAAGCGCGGGAGAAGACGGCGGAGGAAGAGGAGGAAGCCAGAGAGGAGGCACCGGACGUCGCCGACGUGCCGAUGGAGCGCAAGGAGGACGCAGGCGGCGAGAGGGAGCGGCUGGAGGAGGAGCAGGCCGCCGUGAAGAUCCAGAGCAACUUCAGAGGCCACAAGGACCGAAAGAACCUCAAAGCCAACAAGCAAAAAGCGAGGACGGAAGCUGCACGCCUGGAGAGCUUCUCCAAGCAGAUCACAAAGACCUCUGAGGACUUUGCGGCCCUGCAGACCAAGUUGAACGAGAUCAUCCAGGCCCAUCAUUCAAACCCCGAGAACAACGGCAUGUUUGUGAGAGGGAAAGCGAUCAAUGGCUACGCGCCUCAGAAUCACCAGUCAACCGACAAGAGACAGUCGAGGAGCCCCCGCAGGACGCAGGAGCCGAAGACCCUCAACACGCCGGAGGACGCCACCUACUACAACUUGAUUCACCGAGCUGUAGCUCCUCACAAAAUAGCUCUCUUUGCAGCACUUAAGCGCUCCGUCCAGGACGAUAAACGCAAGCCCAGGAAAGAGGAUCCGGGGAAGCUGCUGGAUGUGGAUGACCACUAUUACCGGACGCUGUCCAGCAGCAGGUCCGAGCCCUGCCUCUUCCCGGAGGACGCGUCGCCGUACGGGGCCCCCGAGAGGAGGCCGUCUCUCGGGGGCUCCGUGGACGGUGGGAUGUACAACGAGCCCCUCCCCCCGGCCACGGCCAGCAGACCGACCCGAGAGAGGGCCGUCACAGAGCCGCAGCCCCCCAGGACCGCCUGUAACGACAGACACUCACUUCUCAGAAUGCCCUCCACGGACAGUCGGACUGAGGACAACCCGUUUGACUUCAGACAUCUGCUGAGGAAGACCUCCCAGAGACGAAGGCUCAUCAAACAGUACUGACCUCACAGCUGGACGCUUUGACCGAUUGGAACAAAAUCCGAAUCGAAGCUCCUCAAAACAACUGAUAAGUUCUGUGUGUGAAAAGCAAGUCGUAUUGAUGUGCAUCCAAAAGGAUGAACGCAAAUGUAAAUAAUUAAAUCCUUUUCCCUUAAAACUGUAAAUGGAGGUUUUAUUUAUGUGUAAAGACUAGACGUUCAGCAAACGUUUCCUUUGGUCAAAUAUGGAGUUUUCCACUUUAACACCAAAUAGAAUUGCAUAACAUGUAAAUACAGAAUCCAUGCUGCUACACUUGAAUACUUUUCAAGCCAUUUUGUUGAAUAUAUGUCUAUGAAAAGCUGCUUCACUGCUGUCAAAUUGUAAGAAAUGUACAUUCUGUCCUCUGCUAUGAUCUGUGCUUUGUUCAUGUAAACGUAAAAUAUAUUAAAUUCUUUGAUGUUAUUCAUGAAUAAAUCUUAUUUUCAGCGGAGCUAUUCGCACGCACCACCA